UAUAAUAUGUUAAAAACAUAUAAUACGUAAAUGUAAUUUAUCAAUUUUAUUCUGCGUGGGUCUUAAUCUUAAGCUAGUUUUAUGUAAAGUAAAACAAUUUCUAGUAAUAUUUGAACUGGACUGACUGAUUUAACCAAAAUUAAAUGAAAACUUUCGAUUUAACCAAAAAAUCUAAAAUGUUGGUUCAGCUCGAUAACAAAAUUGAAAAACUGGACUAAUCGAUACUAAACCAUAGUUUUUGAUUGAACCACGAAAAAUCGAACUACCGACUCCAAUAAACCGACUAACCGAGCCUCGAGCCUGCAUGCCUACUCGUCAUCCUUCACUUCGCUUUUUCCCCCUACAAACACCUAUAUAUAUAUACCUAAUACAUCUACAGAUACCUAAAUAAGAAAAAAGGUAAUCGAUGACGAUGAUGCUCAAUCCAGAUGUAGAUCUCAUCGAUCGUGGCGGAUCGGUCGUGGUUCGCGAGGUCUGGGCUUACAAUCUCGUCUCCGAGUUCCACCUCAUCAGCGCGGUCGUCGAAGAUUUCCCCUACAUUUCCAUGGACACGGAGUUUCCCGGCGUGAUCUUCAAGGCGGAGCCUGCGAUUCUCCGCCGUGGAAACCCCGGUUACCUCUACAAGCUCCUCAAAUCCAACGUCGACGUCCUCAGCCUCAUCCAGGUCGGCAUCACUCUCUCCGACGCCGACGGAAACCUCCCGGAUCUCGGCGGAGGCGUCGACGGGAGCCGCUUCAUCUGGGAGUUCAAUUUCCGCGACUUCGACGUCGAUCGCGACGCGCACGCGGAGGAUUCGAUCGAGCUUCUGCGUCGCCACGGGAUCGAUUUCGAGCGUAACCGCAGCGAGGGGGUCGAAUCGGAGAGGUUCGCGGAGCUGAUGAUGUCGUCGGGGCUGAUCUGCAACGAGUCGGUGAGCUGGGUGACGUUCCACAGCGCGUACGAUUUCGGUUACCUCGUGAAGAUCCUCACGCGCCGGGAGCUGCCGAGUUCGCUGCGAGACUUUCUGCGUUUGCUUAGAGCGUUUUUCGGGGAGCGAGUGUACGACGUGAAGCACAUGAUGAAGUUCUGCGAGAGGAGAUUGUACGGCGGUUUGGACCGGUUGGCUCGGUCGCUUGAGGUAAACCGGAAGGUUGGUAAAUGUCAUCAGGCCGGUUCGGAUAGCUUGCUGACGUGGCAUGCGUUCCAGAGGAUGAGGGACUUGUACUUCGUUAAGGAGGGGCCGGAGAAACUUGCUGGAGUUUUGUACGGUUUAGAGGUUUUCUGAAGAGACUAUUGGAAUUUAAUUAAUCAACUUCAAUUUAAUCAUUGUAGUUAAUGUUAAACCGUUUAUACACUAGUUGGGUUGUUUGGCUUUCUA